AUGGCUUUCCAACCCACGCCUGCGGAUAUUUCUGUUGUCAUUACUACGCCUGGCACAGGCUCCAGCGCCGAGCCACGCUUCUUGACGGAGCGCCGAGUCACUCCAACAUGGACUGUCAUGCAGCUGAAGACGAAGCUCGAGACCAUGACUGGUGUUCCGCCCGGCUGCCAGCGUCUUCGCCUUAGGUCACCUGGGCGCCCCGAUCAGUGGGUCGAAGAUGACAAUAGUAUUAUCGGUGAUUGGGGGUUGAUGAGAGGCUGCGAAAUAGAGGUCCAUGAUUCCCGCCCUCAGGCUUCGCGGCUUAACCUCACAGACCUGUCGUCCGUCGAGAAGUAUAUACUGCCGACAUCCACAUACGAAGCGCUCUCGAAUUCUGUUUUGGCGUGGAAAAAGAAUCAGAAGCUUGGUCGCUUCGAUCCCAAUACUGUAAGACCCGAAGAGGCGAUGCGCAGCCAAGCUUUGAAAGACGUUGGAGAGGUUGAACAAAGAGGCAUUGUCGUUAACAACCGAGCCAUUGUCCUUCCCUCGUCGCCGCCACAUGUUCGACGUGGCACAAUUCGCUUUGUUGGGCCAGUUCCGACAAUCCCUUUCCCUGGUGUGGAUCUUGAACUAGUAGAAAUCGACUCCGCAGAUUUUCCAGUCUGGGUAGGAAUUGAGCUCGACGAGCCACUGGGUAAGAACGACGGGAGUGUUGGCGGAAAGAGAUACUUUGUAUGCCCGAAUAAGACAGGUGUCUUUGUCAAACCUGAGAAAGUGGAAGUAGGAGACUUCCCGCCCUUGGGUUUGGAUGAUAUCGAUGCCGAAAUGGAGGAGAUUUAA